GAAAAACCUUGUCCAAACUUACCAUGACGAACACGUGCACAUGCAUGUAUUUGUGAGAGUUUUCUCGGACUUUUCUGGGAGAGUUCACUUGAAAAAAUCCCCCAUAUCCCGGUCUUAUCGUUCUGGAGUGUGAAUCAAGGAAAAUCCAGGUCUUGAAGUUGAGGGUCAUGCAGAAAACACAUUGUUUUGCAUGCGCUUUAGUUCCCUACGAGCAAAGCCUUCGUGGAUUAAUCACAAAAGUUUGAGGCACUAGCCAGUAGUUGGUUCUGUUUAAAGUCUUCUUGCAGCCAUACAAAUUUCAGUUUUUUUUUUCUUUUUGUAGGGUACAAAUUUGAGUUAUACUAAGCUGGGAAGUAGGAUUGCGCCGGAAGUCAAAGUUUAGCCUUAUCAGCUUAAGAAGGAAAGGGUGUGCAGUGUGCUACAGGAUAAUGGCAACAGGACGACUCCAAAAUCAACCGGCUGAGAGUCUGAGGAAGCAGCUCGCUCUUGCUGUUAAAAGUAUUCAAUGGAGCUAUGCAAUUUUCUGGUCCAUUUCCUGUAGACAACCAGGGGUGCUAGAAUGGAUUGAUGGAUACUACAAUGGAGAUAUAAAGACAAGGAAAACGAUUCAAGCAGCGGAGCCUAGUGCUGAUCAGCUGGAAUUGCAGAGGAGUGAGCAACUGAGAGAGCUGUAUGAGUCCCUCUCGGCAGCCGAGACCAGCCCUCAAGCUAAAAGGCCUUCAGUUGCUUUGUCUCCAGAAGACCUCACAGAUACCGAGUGGUAUUUCUUGGUUUGCAUGUCUUUCGUGUUCAUCACCGGCCAAGGAUUGCCAGGACGUACGCUAGCAAAGAAUCAGAUUACGUGGCUAUGCAAUGCUCACCAGGCAGACAGCAAAGUGUUCCCUCGGUCUCUGCUUGCCAAGAGCGCAUCUAUUCAGACUGUUGUUUGCUUUCCACAUCUAGGAGGUGUAGUGGAGCUAGGAGUAACAGAACCAGUUGUAGAGGACAGAAAUCUCAUUCGACACAUAAAAUCUGCCUUCCUGGAUAAUCCUUACCCCGUCAUUUCCAAAAUUCCUCAAUAUGUCCCAAAUACAAAUGCCAAAGACAUUGUUGUCUGCGGUCUUGAUGAUGACAUGAUUGAAGCUAAUUUUGAGCCGCUGGUUGAAUGCGAAGAUGUAAAGAUUUGUUCUCCCAGUAACAGUACAACUGGUUUUGAGGACGCUGAUCAGCAGGCACAGAAUUCACAUAUGAUGGAAGGCACCAGUGAUGAGGCUUGUCAUGUACAAAGCUGGCGAUUCAUGGAUGAUGAAAUUAGCAAUUGUAUCCAUGACUCUAUGAAUUCCGGAGACUGCACACCUCAAACAUAUGCAAAUGGUGAAAAAGGGGUUCCACUUUCUAAUGAAGAAACAGUAAACCAUGAUUUUAAGCAUGACCUGCAAGAAUGCAAUCUAAAGAAACUGGAUCACUUUAACUUUCGCAGUGAUGAUGCUCACUAUCAAGGUGUUCUUUCUGCUCUAUUGAAAAGCUCGCACCAGCUAAUUUUGGGACCAUAUUUCACAAAUAGCAAUCAAGAAUCAAGCUUUGUAAGCUGGAAGAUAGAGAGACCACAGUUUGUCCAGAAACAAGGGGCGAUGUCACAAAGAGUUCUAAAGAGUGUAGUGUUCGAAGUUCCUAGGAUGCACGGUGACUGGAAACUCAAGUCCAGUAAAGGCUAUGGCAAAAGAGAGAGCAUUUGGAGACCAGAGGCUGAUGAAAUUGAUAACAAUCACGUCUUGGCUGAAAGGAAAAGGAGAGAAAAAUUAAACGAAAGAUUUAUGAUGCUUGGAUCAUUGGUCCCAUCCAAUGGCAAGCUUGAUAAAGUUUCAAUACUGGAUGGUGCAAUUGACUAUCUGAAAGAGCUUGAAAGAAGAGUAGAGGAGCUUGAAUCCGUCAAAGAGGCGAUAGAGCUAGAGGCAAGAACAAAGAGGCUGCAGCAAGAAGCAACAGAGAGGACCUCUGGUAAUUAUAUCAUGAAUAAAGUUGGCAAGAGCAGGAAGCCCGUAAUCAGCAAGAGGAAGGCAAGUAAUCUUGAAGAAAUUGAAGCUGAAACCAAUUACUGUACCUUGACAGAGUGCUCAAGUGAUGAUCUAACUGUGACAGUGAUCAACAGGAAUGCCUUGAUUGAACUUGAGUGUCCUUGGACAGAGUCUGUCUUUUGUGAAAUUAUGGAGGCAGUAAGCAAGCUCAAUCUAGAUUCUCACACCGUUCAAUCUUCCAACACUGAUGGAACUCUCACUGUUAAAAUUAGAGCUAAGUUCAAGGGAUCAAAAGUUGCAACACCUGGUAUGAUCAGACGAGCACUUCAGAGAGUCCUCCGAAAGUACUGAAGACUGAAGAUGACCAUGUUGCAAGACGAGUUUCAGUUCAUGAUGGUAGCUUUAGUUAGUGACUCAAGUGUAUGUACAACAUGCUGUAAUCUUCCAAUAUUUUCAGGGAUUCUGACAGUUAAAAAAAGGGCCAGAUGGUUAAAGAGGCAUUUGCCCAGAGGAGGGCAGUCUAAUAAAUGGAAAGCGUUCUUCUUUA